UGAGACUACAGUGAAUAUAAGGAGAAUUACUGGUGAGAGAGCUCCAGACCAACUUAACACUGAACCCAUUACUUUUCCAAGAUCUGAAAAAUAUUACAAAUAACAGGAACCAUUUAUCCAUCAGAUAAGAAUUCGAGCUUUGAUAUUGUAAACCACAGACGAGUUGGAGCCUGGCAUUGAAAGGAGGCGUUCAGCAACAAUCCUUUCCUUGUUUAAAGAAGUUUGCUUCUACAAGAGGGAAUCAGAAAAAUGAAAGGGGCAAAGAGAAAAAAGAAAAGUGUGCUUUGGAGCAAGAUGCUUACCCCCCAUUGUGAAGACUUUAAACAGUGGUGUAGAAGGCGACUACCUAUUUUGGAAUGGGCAACUCAUUACAAUCUGAAAGAAAACUUGCUUCCAGACACUGUAUCUGGGAUAAUGUUGGCAGUUCAACAGGUGACGCAAGGGUUGGCCUUUGCUGUUCUCUCAUCUGUGCACCCAGUGUUUGGUUUGUAUGGGUCUCUAUUUCCUGCCAUCAUUUAUGCCAUAUUUGGAAUGGGGCGUCAUGUUGCCACAGGCACCUUUGCUUUGACAUCCUUAAUAUCUGCUAAUGCAGUAGAACGGCUUGUCCCUUUGAGCAGCCGGAAUCUUACCACACAGAGCAACACAAGUGUGCUGGGCUUAUCUGACUUUGAGAUGCAAAGAAUUGGUAUUGCUGCAGCUGUUUCCUUCUUGGGAGGUGUGAUUCAGGUGGCCAUGUUUGUGCUACAACUGGGCAGUGCCACGUUCCUGCUUACUGAGCCUGUGAUCAGUGCAAUGACAACUGGGGCUGCCACCCACGUUGUGACUUCACAAGUCAAAUAUCUCUUGGGAAUAAAAAUGCCAUAUAUAUCUGGACCACUUGGAUUCUUUUACAUUUAUGCAUAUGUCUUUGAAAACAUCAAAUCUGUGAGACUGGAAGCACUGCUCUUAUCCUUGCUGAGCAUCGUGGUGCUCGUUCUGGUUAAAGAGCUGAAUGAACAGUUUAAAAGAAAAAUUAAAAUUGUCCUUCCUGUUGACUUAGUUUUGAUUAUCACUGCAUCAUUUACUUGUUAUUGUACCAAUAUGGAAAACAUAUAUGGAUUAGAAGUAGUUGGUCAUAUUCCAAAAGGAAUUCCUCCACCUAAAGCUCCUCCAAUGAAUGUCCUCUCUGCAGUAAUCACUGAAGCUUUUGGAGUGGCACUUGUAGGUUAUGUGGCCUCACUGGCUCUUGCCCAAGGAUCUGCCAAAAAAUUCAAAUAUUCAAUUGAUGACAAUCAGGAGUUUUUGGCUCAUGGUCUCAGCAAUGUGAUUCCUUCAUUUUUCUUCUGCAUACCGAGUGCUGCUGCCAUGGGAAGGACUGCUGGCCUGUAUAGCACGGGAGCAAAGACACAGGUGGCUUGUCUAAUAUCUUGCAUUUUCGUCCUGAUAGUCAUCUAUGUAAUAGGACCUUUGCUUUACUGGCUCCCCAUGUGUGUUCUUGCAAGUAUUAUUGUCGUGGGACUUAAGGGAAUGCUAAUACAGUUUCGGGAUUUAAAGAAAUAUUGGAAUGUGGAUAAAAUUGAUUGGGGCAUAUGGGUCAGUACAUACAUAUUUACAAUAUGUUUUGCUGCCAAUGUGGGGCUACUGUUUGGUGUUGUGUGUACUAUAGCUAUUGUGAUUGGUCGCUUCCCAAGAGAAAAGACUCUGAGUAUUAAAAAUAUGAAAGAAACCGAAUUUAAAGUGAAGACAGAAAUGGAUGACGAAACCCUGCAGCAAGUGAAAAUUAUCUCAAUAAACAACCCACUUGUUUUCCUGAAUGCAAAGAAGUUUUAUACUGAUCUAAUGAACAUAAUCGAAAAGGAAAAUGCCAGCAAUCAGCCACUUGAUGAAAUCAGCAAGUGUGAACAAAACACAUUGCUCAAUUCUUUAUCCAAUGGCAAUUGCAAUGAAGAAGCUACACAGCCCUGCCUGAAUAAGUGUUCUUUAAUCCUGGAUUGCAGUGGAUUGACCUUUUCUGACUAUUCUGGAGUUUCCAUGCUUGUUGAGGUUUAUAUGGACUGUAAGAGCAAGAGUGUGGAUGUAUUAUUAGUCCAUUGCACAGCUUCCUUGAUUAAAGCAAUGAAAUACUGUGGAAACCUAGAUUCAGAGAAACCAAUUUUUUUUGAAUCAGUAUCUACUGCAGUAAGUAACAUUUGCUCAAAUAAGGGCCUCCAGAAGCCUGAGUGUUUUGGACAGAAUAAACAAGACCAGUGACUUGAAGUAAACCUGUAGAGGAAGUGCUGGAAGAAUAGAUGAAAAAUAGUGAACCAGAUUCAAGAACUUUCAAGAAAUCAAGGAAAGAUCUCUUCAUGUCUUUAGCAUUUUCUAACACUGAUGAAACAACAUGAGAAAGAAAAAAUAUUAGUAAUAAUUUUAUGUUGGCAGUGGUACUGAAGGAAAAAAUCCUACUCAAAGUAUUAUGCUAUAAAUCAUACAAAUUGGAUUUAUGUUGUAUGUGGGCAAAUAGGGUUCCAACAGAAAAAAAAUUCUUGUUUUUGUAUUAACCAUUUCCAAAGCUUUUGUUUGAUGCACUAUUCAUUAUCAGAGAUUAUUGCUGAGAGCUGCACAUAGCAGGCAGUCAAUAAUUGUAUGUUGAGGGAUUGCUGAUUGAAAACAGUAAUUGUAUCCUUUUUUUUUUCUUUUUUGCCAUGCCUAUGGCAUAUGGAAGUUCCUGGGCUUGGGGUUGAACAUGCACUCAGCAGUGACCAGAGCCACAACAGUGACAAUGCCAACUCUUUAACCUGCUGUGCCACUAGGGGGUUCCUGGAUCCAUUUUUAUAUAAAAAUAAUUUUUACUUGGAUUUUAAUCACAGAGAAAUAUAAUAAUUAUUUUUAUUAUAAUUAUUAUUAUCUAUAAAAUUUUAAUUCCCUCACUAUUGUAAUAGGCAUGUAUUAUUAUGAACCAAGUGAAUGAACUAUUUCACCAAUAAGCACCUGUUAUCAGUACUCUAAAAUUCAAUAAAAGAACAAUAUUUUAUUAGUUGUAAUGUCAAUUUUAUUUGCAAAGUAAUCUUAAAUAAGAUAAACACGUAAAACAUUAAAAAAUUUCCUAAAAAAUUUAAUCAUCCAGAAAGAAUUAUCUUUAUUUUGAUGCAGUAAUUAGAAGUCAAUUGUGAAAUGUAUUAUUUUCUGUAUUUACUCCCCUUAAUGCAUUUUAAAAAUUUAGCUAUAGUAAUAUAAAUGUUUGGCUAACUUCAACUAUAAAAUCCAGAUUUUCAUUUCAGAUAUGAUGACUAAUAGCUUUAGGAUCUUUGACUAUUUGGAAUGGACUUAAAAAUCCUGAAUAGGCCCUAAGUGACAAGAGUGAAAUAGUUUCUAUGAACCUUAGAUGAAGUACAAUAAAUAGCAAUGAUUUAUGACCUAAAUUUUUUUGGAAACAGAACAAUAAAAAACUGACAAAGACUAAAAUUAGGCUUGAAGCAUACAGUCUAUGGGUUUAAGAAGCUCUAUUUUGUCUAUCUAAUCAAUUGUUCUUAAAUAUGAAUUAACAGAUAAUGUAAAAGGGAUAGAAUAUGUAACAGAAAAAGUUAUUGCAUUGUAAGAUAAAAUCAUAGCAGACAAGACAUUUAUUGAAAUGAACUAUUUUGUUUGAAAGCACUCCACAUUGCUAUUUUUGUUAUGUCAAUUUUAUUUUGACUUACUAAAUGAUAGAUGAAAAUGCAUUUAUCUGGUCUGAUGGGUGUGGUACUAUGCAAAGUGUAGGAUGCUCCUUGAUUUCUUACAAAAAAAAAUUGAAUUUGCAUUUUCCCAAGAGAACAACCAUACACUGAAUUUUCAAUUAAUUUUCUAUCUUGAAAACUUCUAUUUAGUUGGCAACGUAUCAUGGAUAUUACCUAAUAAGAAAUUAUUUUGUAAGGUUGAUAGCAUAAGAAUUGUUAUAUAGAAUUGUCAGCAAUUUGGGAAGAUGGUGCCAUGGAGUGGUUUAUUAAAUAUAUACGGGUUUGUUAUGUUCUCUCAAAAUUCAUGUGUGGAAACACUAACCUCAAUUUGACUUAUUUGAGAAAGGGCCUUUAAGGAGCUAAUUAGGGAUAAACAAGGUCAUAUGGAUGGGGACCUAAUCCAGUAGGACUGUGGUCUUAUAAAAAGAGAUACCAGGAAUAUGCAUGCAAAAAGGAAAAGCCAUGUAAGGACACAGUGAGAAGGGAGUUGUCUGCACAUCAGGGAGAGAAGUCUCAUCAUGAACCAACUCUGUAUAUAUAUAUAUAUACACCUGAUCUUGGAUUUCUAGCUUCCAAAACAGAAAAUAUAUUUCUGUUGCUUAAGUCACCUAGUCUGUGGUAUUCCAUUAUGGCAGCCUUGGCAGUAAAAUGUCUUAUAGAGUAUCAGCUUCAGUCUGCUGCUAACAGUUUCAACUCUUCUUAAUUUCACUAAGUAACUAGUUAUGGACUCUUCAAAUUUAUCUAGGUGCUUCUUGAGAUCUGUUUUCUGGUAGUACCAUCUUCGAGUGAGCAAAUUCCAAACUUGCACCCCAAUAAAAUGUGCAUAACAUAAAAUUUACAAUUUUGAUUAUUUAUUAGUGUAAAAUCCGGUAGACUUAAGUACAUUCACAUUGUUGUGCAACCAUCAACACUAUCCAUCUCUAGAAAUUUUUCAUCUUCAACAACUGAAACUCUUUAACUGUUAAACACUAACUUCCUGUUCUCUGCCAUCUCACCUCUUGGAAAACACCAUGCCACUUUCUGUCUUCAUGAAUUUGACCACUCUAGGUACCUCAUAUAAGUGAAAUCAUACCAUAUUAAUCAUGUUGUUACUGGCUUAUUUUAGUUAUCAUAAUGUCUUCACAUUUCAUUCAUGUUGUAGCAUGUGUCAGAAUAUUUUUUUAAGGUUGAAUAAUAUUCCAUGGUACAUGUAGACCACAUUGUGUUUAUCCAUUCAUCCAUCAUAGACAUUAGGGUUCCUUCUACUUCUUGGCUUUGUGAACACUACUGCUAUAAAUAUUGCUGUAUCUGUUUGUGUCCCUAUUUUCAGUUAUUUUGGGUAUAUAUCCAGAAGUAGAAUUGCAAAACUAUAUGGUUGUUCUAGUCAGUUUUUUGAGGAUUCACCAUGCUGUUUUCCUUAGUGUCUGCACCAUUUUGCAUUUCCACCAAUAGGGGAAAAUUGUUCUAAUUUCUCCAUAUCCUCACUAAGGUUUGUUAUUUUCUGUACUUUUUAUAAUAGCCAUCCCAAUGGGUGUAAAGUGAUAUCUCAUUGUGGUUUUACUUGCUUUCCCUUAAUUAAGUAGUGAUAUUGAAAUGUCUUUUUAUAUGCUUGUUGGAGAUUUGCAUAUCUUCUUGGAGAAAUACCUAGUCAAGUCCUUUGGCCAUUUUCAAUUAUAUUUUUUUGCUUUUUGUUGAGCUGGAUGACUUCUUUUAUGUUAUAACUAUUAACCAAUAAUCAGAUUCAUGUUUGCAAAUACUCUCUCCCAUUCUGUAGCUUGGAUUUAUUGGUAGUUUACUUCGAUGCACAAAAUUUUUAAAUUUUGAUGUAGUCAAAUUUAUCUAUUUGUUUUGUUACCUGUGCUGUUGGUGUCAUAUCCAAUAAAAUAAUCUCCAAAUCAAAUGUUAUUAAGUUGUUCCCUAUGUUUCUAAAGUUUUUAUAAAUUAAGGUUUUACUUUUAGGUCUUUGCCCAUUUUGAGUUAAAAUUUGCUCAUGGUAUAAGAGUACAAUUUCAUUCUUUCACAUGCAGUCUUGGAGAACAUUUGGUCUUAUUCAAAACAUCCAUUGAGACAUUUGGCCCAUGACAAGUGGUCCUUGAAAUUUAGUCCUAAGACCUUUUUUUUACACCAGAAAGGUCUUUGAAAUUUUAGUCCUGUCCAAAACACCUAU